UUAGAGUUAAUACCCCCAAACUGAACCUUUGAUCCAGUUGCAUAAACUGUGUUGUUUUCUCUGUUUUAGAUUCAGUUGACCUACAGAAAGCAAAGGAACAUAAUCAGAGACUGAAUGAGGAGAUUUUGGCUUUAAGAAAUAGGGUUCGAUCACUUGACUCAGAGAAAAAAAAAAUGCUUGGGGAAGUGGUUGAAAGACUUAAAGAAGAGAUUUGUGAAUCUCAAGAGAUUAAGCAAGCUGGAAACCACUCCCCUGGAAAAACUGUGAGCACUGAACAGAGAGUAGAGUAUCCAUCAUCUGGAGAAAAACUGAAAUACCAGCAGCAAGACGAACUGCAGCAGCUUCGCCAGAAUUUGCACCGACUCCAGAUUCUAUGCAACUCAGCUGAAAAAGAGCUUCGAUAUGAGCGAGGAAGGAACUUGGACUUGAAGCAACAUAAUAGCUUCCUUCAGGAAGAAAGCAUCAAGAUCAAAAUUGAACUCAAGCAGGCCCAGCAGAAGUUAUUAGACAGCGCAAAGAUGUGCUCUUCUCUCACAGCAGAGUGGAAGCACUGUCAGCAGAAAAUCAAGGAAUUGGAGCUGGAAAUCCUUAACCAGGCUCAGAACAUGAAAUCACAGAGCUACCUACAGGAAAAGCUGACUCAGGAGAAAUCUAAAGUUGCCGAGGCAGAGGAAAAGAUUUUGGAUCUGCAGCAGAAAUUAAAACAAGCUCAUACAGUCUGUCUCACAGACACUUGUAUUUUGGGGAAGAAGCAAUUAGAGGAAAAGAUAAAAGAAGCAAUAGAAAAUGAAGCUAAAAUAAAGCAACAAUAUCAGGAAGAACAGCAGAAGAGGAAACUCCUGGAUCAGAAUAUAAAUGAGCUACAAAAGCAAGUGAAAAUCUUACAAGAUAAAGGGAAUCAACUGGAAAUGACCAGUUCUCAGCAACAAUCCAGAAUUCAGCAACAAGAGGCCCAACUUAAACAACUGGAAAAUGAAAAAAGAAAAUCUGAUGAGAAUCUCGAGAGAAACCAGGAAUUGUCAGAGCAGCUCUCUGGGUUGCAGCAAGAGAAGGAAGCACUACGUGAAGAAUAUGUGCAAUUUUUGAAGCAACUUCAUGUCUAUAUGAGAAACUGUAAUGAGAAACAUCAUCACCACAAAGCCAAGCUUUGCAGAGUCAAGGAUCGUUUAGUUCAUGCAGUUGAACAACGAGAUGAGAAAAUUAAACAACUUGAAAAUGAAAUUGGAGCACUGCAACAACAGAUGAAAAAGGGGAAGGCAUUCCAGGACGAGGUCACUGCCCAAAAUGAUGCACUGCUCCUAGAGAAAAGGAAACUUCUGGGGCAACUCACAGAGCAAGAAGAAUUCAUCCACAGCAACAAAUGGAUAAUAUCGUCAAUCCAGAACAGAGUAUUUUUUCUGGAUAAAGAAAACAAGCAAUUACAGGAAAAUAGUCUCCGAUUGACACAGCAGGUUGGCCUCUUAGAGCAUGUUAUAAGGAACAUCCAGAUUCACAGAGGAGAGGAAACAAUUAUUGACAUCCCUGAAUUUGAAGUAUUGAAUAAAAUCUUGCCCAUAGCCAACUCCAGUUUUUCAGGAACAGGUUUGGUAGAGUCAGUUGGAAGUCUUCAAGAGAUGGAAGAACAUAAAUCAGAAGAAGCAACGGCAAACCCCAAGUCUUCCAAGUCUCUGUUGUGUUCACAGAAUUCCGAAGCUGGGUACAUAAACGUGGCUUCUCUGAAAGAAACAGAUCGCAUCUAAGAACAAGACCAAAAUUCAGAACUAUAAAAUCACUGGUGUCUAAAAUUAGACUCAUCAAAGCUGCCAACUUAAGGCUUGGGCAUGAAGGUGGGUCAUGAUAUGGAGGAGCAUUACCACAGAUCUCCAUUGGACAUCAACCAGGAGUUUUCAAAAUUGCUGAUAAAUUCAUUAAACCAGUUCUAAAAAUGGAUUCCUCAAGUUUGUGUGAUAUCCUCAAAUGCAUUGUAUUGUUUAAUAUAGUGACUUAGUUCAGUGGUUUACUUAGGCUUCUGUUCAACAGAGCAUAUAGACGGCUAGUUCAGCAUUCAUUCUUUUCCUAUUUCCAUGGGUAUUUUCUUAUUUAUUUUUUUAAAGUAAAAACAAUGUAAUCAUGUUAUUACUUUAAAAAGAAAAAAAUUCUUAUAAUCUCAUGUUCUUAACACUGCUGUUUUCAUUUAUUCUUUUGUGGCUUUUAUUCAAAUACAUAUUUUAAAUGGUUAUAUUGUAUAUUCAUUUUCAUAGUCUGAAUUUUAAUUUAAUCUACUGUAAGACAUUCCCCAUAUUUCAGCAGUCUUUGUAAUUACUCUUUCUGUAGCCACAUGAUAUUCUAUCAUGUUGAUGUUCUAUAAAUUCUCAUCUGAAAUUUAACUGUUUCUACUUUUUCACUGUGUAAGGUUAUGCUGCAAAGUCUUUGUGAAUGUAGCUCUUUUUUCCCUUGAGUUACUCCAGAAAACAAAUUUACAAGAUUGGCAUAAUUGGGUCAAGGGAUAUAAAUGUUACAUAGUUUUGUUAUACCACUUGUCACAAUGCUUUAAAAAAAUAGGUUUUGUCAACAUACUGUUUCUAUAAUCAACCUCUUUAAGCCUCAAUUUUUUAAUCCAAAAAAUGGGAACAAUAGUAGUUCCUAUCUCAUUUAAUUGUGAGGACCAAAUUAAUAAGCUUGUAUUUAGCACUUUACUUAAUAAAUGGUAGAUAUUAUUUCUUUUCACUAGCAGUUUGAAUGUACCAGUUUUUCCACAACAUUGUCAACGCUGUAUAUUAUCAAUUCAAAAAAUUUAUUCUAGCAUAGUUGAUACAAAACUAUACUAAAGGGUGG